AUGCAAAAGAUUUGCGUGAAAAGAUGGCUGGGAAUUUGUAUCACCACCCACCCUUCAAGACUUUUCUCUCCGGUUGCUGUGCCAUUUUCCGGCGUCCCAUCAACCCAUGUGUCACUUUCCGACGACUGCACCCACUCAAACUUUGGCGGGAAAGUGAGUUCCGACCACCCGAUUCUACCCCUUCUGGAAACUGCACACAAGGAAGGAUUGGACGUUAGGACACUCCAUGCCUACGUCAUAACAUCGGGUCUCAUUAGAGACACCUUUGCAGCGAGUCGGGUCGUUGAGUGGUGCUUUAAAUCGUGCCGAGAUGACCCUCAUUACGUCCGAGUCAUCUUCGACUCGUUGCAUAGACCCGAUGUCUACACAUGGAAUGCCAUGAUCAGGGGCCACGCCGAGUGCGGCUCGCCGGAGACGGCCAUUUCCUACUAUUUUCGAAUGCUCUCUAGACGGGUCCCGCCCAAUAAUUACACUUUUGCACUUGUAGUAAAGGCUUGCAUUCUCUGUAGGGAGGAGGAUCCAUGGCCUGUUGGGAGGAAGAUCCAUGGCCAGGUGUUGAAACACGGGAUAGAAAACUUGCUUGUGGUGAGGAAUUCGCUUAUAAACAUGUACUGCAACAUGGGUUGCUUAGUGGGUGCUCGAUUGUUGUUCGAUGAGAGCUUGGUUUUGGAUUUAAUAUCUUGGAACACUAUGAUCUCUUCUUAUGGGAAACAUGGGGACGUUGAAGCUGCAAGGGAGCUGUUCGAGAAAAUGCCAGAGAGAAGCUUGGUUUCGUGGAGUGCAUUAAUAGAUGGGUAUGUCAGAAGUGGUGGCUCUACGGAGGCAUUGAGACUUUUCAAUGAGAUGCAAGCAGUGGGGAUCAAACCUGAUGUAGUUACAGUAGUUAGUGUUCUGAAGGCUUGUGCUGACUUGGGUGCACUUGAUCAAGGGAGAUGGAUUCAUCUUUAUAUCGAUAAAAAUAAUCUAUUGAGAGAGAGGAAUGUAGUCCUAGUGACAGCUCUUGUAGAUAUGUAUGCAAAGUGUGGGUGCAUAGAUGUUGCUUCAGAAUUGUUUGAUGGGAGCCAUGAUAAGGAUGUCAUACUGUGGAAUGCCAUGAUGGGAGGGCUUGCCAUGCAUGGUCAUGGAGGGGAGGCAUUGCAGAUAUUCUCAAGAAUGCAGAGACAUGGGAUAAUGCCGAAUGAGACCACAUUCCUGACUGUUCUUUCUGCUUGUGCUCAUACUGGCAUGGUGGCUAAAGGAAUUGAGAUGUUCCAGUCCAUGAAGGAAUACGGCAUUGAGCCUAAAAUUGAGCACUAUGGGUGUCUGGCAGACCUCUUGGGUCGAGCCGGGCUAGUGCGGGAGGCUGAGGAGGUGCUUCGCAACAUGCCAAUGGAGCCACAGGCUUCACACUGGGGCGCUCUGAUGGCUGCAUGUAAAACGCACAACAAUGUUGAGGUGGGAGAGCAUGUGGGAAAGAGACUAAUAUCACUAGAGCCACUUGAUGGGGGCAGAUAUGUUAUGUUAUCGAACAUAUAUGCAUCUACUGGCCGAUGGGAGGAUGCUCGGGAGACAAGAAGAGAUAUGGAAGAAAGAGGGGCCAAGAAAGAAACAGGCUGCAGCUUUCUAGAAUGGAAUGGGGUGAUUCAUGAGUUUGUUGUGGGGGACACUAGUCAUCCUCUAAGCAAAGAGAUCUAUAUAAUGUUGGGAAAUCUACAAAAGGAGAUGAAGAUGGUUGGAGUUGUACAAUAUGCACUAGAUGGCUUCAAUGAGGCAUGA